AUGGAAGAUCUGGUAGCGUUUCUCGAGUAUCUACGGUCCGUUAAAGGAACGCAUUAUUUCGUUUCGAAGAUGUACCAAUAUUUGCUCGACUGGUGGCGAGUCAAGACUGAAGAAUUGAUUUUUGAUCUAUGGGCGCUGUUGCAAUUAAAACCUUUUGACGUGUACGAAUCGAUACCCAUUGCAUCGUGGGAUGAUGAGAUACGCGCUCGUCAGUGGAGAGAUGCAUCGGAUGUACAAUGCCCAUCUUUUAUACAGUUCCUGAGAUGCGUUGGCCAAGUUUGCGGUGAAUUGACGUACGAUGUUUAG